GGAAAGUCCUUUCAGAAUCGCUGGAAGACCUGUGGGUUUGCCCUAGGCUCUGUCUGCCCAUGCCAAUUGACGUGGUUUAUACCUGGGUGAAUGGCACAGAUCUUGAACUACUGAAGGAACUACAGCAAGUCAGAGAACAGAUGGAGGAGGAGCAGAAAGCAAUGAGAGAAAUCCUUGGGAAGAACACAACAGAACCAACUAAGAAGAGUGAGAAGCAGUUGGAGUGUUUGCUGACACACUGCAUCAAGGUGCCAAUGCUCAUCCUGGACCCAGCCCUGCCAGCCAACAUCACACUGAAGGACCUGCCAUCUCUUUAUCCAUCUUUUCAUUCUGCCAGUGACAUAUUCAAUGUUGCAAAACCAAAAAACCCUUCCACUAAUGUCUCAGUUGUUGUUUUCGACAGUGCUAAGAAUGUUGAAGAUGCCCAGAGUGGAAUGUUUAAAGGAAACAGCAAACAGACAGUUUGGAGGGGCUAUUUGACCACAGAUAAAGAAGUCCCUGGGUUAGUGCUAAUGCAAGAUCUGGCUUUCCUGAGUGGAUUUCCACUGACAUUCAAGGAAACAAAUCAACUAAAAACAAAAUUGCCAGAAAAUCUUUCUUCUAAAAUAAAACUGUUACAGUUAUAUUCAGAGGCUAGUGUAGCACUUCUAAAACUGAAUAACCCCAAAGAUUUCCAAGAACUGAACAAGCAGACAAAGAAGAACAUGACCAUUGAUGGAAAAGAACUGACUAUAAGUCCUGCAUAUUUAUUAUGGGACCUGAGUGCCAUUAGCCAGUCUAAGCAGGACGAAGAUGUUUCUGCCAGCCGUUUUGAAGAUAAUGAAGAACUGAGAUAUUCACUGCGAUCCAUUGAGAGGCAUGCUCCAUGGGUUCGGAAUAUUUUCAUUGUCACCAAUGGGCAGAUUCCAUCUUGGCUGAACCUUGAUAACCCUCGAGUGACAAUAGUCACACACCAGGAUGUUUUUCGAAAUUUGAGCCACUUGCCUACCUUUAGUUCACCUGCUAUUGAAAGUCACAUUCAUCGCAUCGAAGGGCUGUCCCAGAAGUUUAUUUAUCUGAACGACGAUGUCAUGUUUGGAAAGGAUGUCUGGCCAGAUGAUUUUUAUAGUCACUCCAAAGGUCAGAAGGUUUACUUGACAUGGCCUGUGCCAAAUUGUGCUGAGGGCUGCCCAGGUUCCUGGAUUAAAGAUGGCUACUGUGACAAAGCUUGUAAUAAUUCAGCCUGUGAUUGGGAUGGCGGUGACUGCUCUGGUAACAGUGGUGGGAGUCGCUAUGCUGCGGGAGGCGGAGGUACCGGCAGUAUUGGAGUUGGACAGCCCUGGCAGUUUGGCGGAGGGCUCAACAGUGUCUCUUACUGUAAUCAGGGGUGUGCGAAUUCCUGGCUUGCUGAUAAGUUCUGUGACCAAGCUUGCAAUGUCUUGUCCUGUGGGUUUGAUGCUGGCGACUGUGGGCAAGAUCAUUUUCAUGAAUUGUAUAAAGUAACUCUUCUCCCAAACCAGACUCACUAUGUUAUUCCAAAAGGUGAAUGCCUGCCUUAUUUCAGCUUUGCAGAAAUAGCCAAAAGAGGAAUCGAAGGCGCCUAUAGUGACAAUCCAAUAAUUCGACAUGCCUCUAUUGCCAAUAAGUGGAAAACCAUCCACCUCAUAAUGCACAGUGGAAUGAAUGCAACCACAAUACAUUUUAAUCUCACAUUUCAAAAUACAAACGACGAAGAGUUCAAAAUCCAGAUAACAGUAGAGGUUGACACAAGAGAGGAACCCAAAGUGAAUUCUACGACCCAGAAGUCUUACCAAAAUUUGGUUAGCCCCACAACACUUCUUCCAGAGGCGGAAAUACUGUUUGAGGAUAUUCCUGAAGAAAAACGCUUUCCAAAAUUCAAGAGACAUGAUGUUAACACAACAGGAAGAUUCCAAGUGGAGGUGAAAAUUCCCCUGGUAAAUACUUCACUCCUUCCCAAAGAGGCCCAGUUGAGUCUCAGUAACUUGGAUUUGCAACUAGAACGUGGAGACAUCACUGUGAAAGGAUACAACCUGUCCAAGUCAGCCUUGCUGAGAUCAUUUCUGAGUAACUUACCAGAUACCGAAGUAAAAAUAAAUCAAGCUGUAAUAACAGAUGAAAGAAAUGACAGUGUAGAGGCCCCACUGGAAAAACAGGUUCACAAAAGCAUCUUGCCGAAUAGCUUGGGAACAUCUGAAAGAUUACAGAGGUCGACUUUUCCAGCAGUGACAAUGAAAGUGAAUGGUCACUACCAGAGUCAGAAUCCACCCCCGGACUUAGAAAUCGAAGAAAAAUUUAAAUCUGAAAUUCUGACCCAAAAAGUAAGAGGCGGAAGCAUGUCAACAGAAAAACUCUCAUCUCGGAUUGUUCCACUGGAAAAGCAGAUUACAAAAGAAAAGAAAAUCACAGGGAAAGAACAAGAGAAAAACAGAAUGGAGGAAAAUGCAAAAAACUACAUAGAUAAUAAUGAAGUACUACCUGGAAGAAAACUGCAGCAUUAUACAGACAGUUACCUGGGCUUUUUGCCAUGGGAGAAAAAGAAGUAUUUCCAAGAUCUUCUUGAUGAAGAAGAGUCAUUGAAGACACAGCUGGCAUACUACACUGAUAGCAGACACACUGGAAGGCAACUGAAAGAUACAUUUGCAGAUUCCCUGCGAUAUGUAAAUAAAAUUCUAAACAGCAAGUUUGGAUUCACAUCUCGGAAAGUCCCUGCACACAUGCCUCACAUGAUUGACCGAAUCGUUAUGCAAGAACUUCAAGAUAUGUUCCCUGAAGAAUUUGACAAGACGUCAUUUCACAAAGUGCGCCAUUCUGAGGAUAUGCAGUUUGCCUUUUCGUAUUUUUAUUAUCUCAUGAGUGCCGUUCAGCCACUGAAUAUUUCUCAAGUUUUUGAUGAAGUUGAUACAGACCAAUCUGGUGUCUUAUCUGACAGAGAAAUCCGAACACUGGCUACCAGAAUUCAUGACCUGCCUUUAAGUUUGCAGGAUUUAACAGGUUUGGAACACAUGCUAAUAAAUUGCUCAAAAAUGCUCCCUGCUAAUAUCACUCGGCUGAACAGUGUUCCACCAACUCAGGAAGCAUACUAUGAUCCCAAUCUGCCACCAGUCACUAAGAGUCUAGUAACCAACUGUAAACCAGUAACUGAUAAAAUCCACAAAGCAUAUAAGGACAAAAACAAAUAUAGGUUUGAAAUCAUGGGAGAAGAAGAAAUUGCUUUUAAAAUGAUUCGUACCAACGUUUCUCAUGUGGUUGGCCAGUUGGAUGAUAUAAGAAAAAACCCCAGGAAGUUUGUUUGCCUGAAUGACAACAUAGACCACAAUCAUAAAGAUGCCCAGACAGUGAAAGCUGUUCUCAGGGACUUCUAUGAAUCCAUGUUCCCCAUACCAUCCCAGUUUGAGCUGCCAAGAGAAUAUCGAAACCGUUUCCUUCACAUGCAUGAGCUGCAGGAGUGGAGAGCAUAUCGAGACAAAUUGAAGUUUUGGACUCACUGUGUACUGGCAACAUUGAUUAUGUUUACUAUAUUCUCAUUUUUUGCUGAACAGUUAAUUGCACUUAAGCGGAAGAUAUUUCCCAGGAGGAGGAUACAGAAAGAAGCUAGUCCCGAUCGAAUCAGGGUAUAGAAGAUCUUCAUUUGAAAAUCAUCUACCUCAGCAUUCACUGAGCAUUUUGAAACU